AUGGGAGUAUUGACCACCAGAGAACGCCUAAGUGGACAUGGGAGUCUAGGGCUGUCCAGUGGCAGUGCGGCGUACACAACGCAUUCCGGCGGGCACACGGGACGCAGCGGACCGGCCACGGGGCACAGUGGACACAGCAGCACCCAUGGAUCGGCGGCCACCAUGCACCACCAGUCGCUGCAGUCCGACUUCCAGCCGCCGUACUUCCCGCCCCCCUUCCACCACUCCACCCAGAGUCCCCCCCAGCAACAGAACCAUGGAGCCCUCGAGUACUUGGGCACGGAUCCGUAUGGCCAGCCCCUCUCUUCGCUUCACCACGCCCCACUGCACCACUACAACCAGCUGGCGGGACUGAGGUCCACGCAGGACCAACUGGGGAUCCACAGGAGCCAUAGAGAGGCUGAGCUGCAGGGACAUGUAACCCAACUGUCACAUGGAUUUCCGUACACGGAUAGGAGGAGUGAUUACGGUAGUGCAAUAUCGGCGGGAGCUGCCCACGGAUCGAGGCUUGGUCACGAGCACGAGUCCCUGGCGCUGCACCAAGCACUUCAAAACGCCGUCGAUGAUGUCCAAGCUCCUGCCCUCGACGACAACGUGGCGUUCAUGUCAGACUUGCCACUCAUAAAGAGCAUGAAAAGCGGAAAAGAAGCCGGGAACAUUGGAUCGGGUUCGCCCAGCGAGGUAUUCUGUGCAGUUCCUGGUCGCCUCAGUCUCCUUUCGAGCACCUCGAAAUACAAGGUCACCAUAGCCGAAGUACAGCGUCGCCUGUCGCCCCCCGAGUGCUUGAACGCCUCCCUGCUGGGCGGAGUGCUCCGAAGGGCCAAGAGCAAGAACGGAGGGCGCCUGCUGAGGGAGAAGCUGGAGAAGAUCGGCCUGAACCUGCCGGCCGGCAGACGGAAAGCGGCCAACGUGACACUACUGACAUCCUUGGUAGAGGGAGAGGCAACGCACCUGGCCAAGGACUUUCACUUCGUGUGCGAAACCGAGUUUCCCGCCAGGCAGCUGGCCGAGUAUAUCGUGCGCCACCAAACCGAGCCGCAGGACUCGUACCGACGAAAAGAGCUCAUUCUUCACUCCCAGCAGAUUACUAAAGAGCUUAUGCAGAUCUUAAGCCAAGAUCGAACGACUCACUUCGGCACGAGAUCACAGCACUUGCUGGAACCAUCGAUGCAGCGCCACUUGACUCACUUCUCCCUGAUAACGCACGGAUUCGGAUCGCCCGCAAUUAUGGCUGUCCUGCACGCUUUUCAGACAUUUUUAAACGAGUCAAUAAACUACUUGGAAAAGCUCUACCCUUCGAACGGUGGAGGAAUGGUGUCGUCAUCGUUGGAUAAAAGUAAAAUUGACAACGAAAAAAAAUGAUAGGCUAUGUUGUAUAUUGCCACAGAUUGAAGCAAGCCGUACUUUAAGAUUAACUUUCCAUACACUAGGUACAACAUCAAUAAAAAUUAUAAAAUUCCUGUA